AUGGCUACACCUACGAAGCUCCGGUCCCUCUACCGGGCAUUUCUACGCGAAUUGCCCUCUCGUCCGCUGUCAGAAAAGUCUCGAUCACCUCUACAAGCUCGCAUCCGAAGCACAAUCGUCUCGGAGUCAAAAACUCCAAUCGAACAAGCAGAGCAGUUCCUUCAGUACGUCAAGGCACAAAGGAUGUAUGCAACGCUGUUAGAAAGAUACAACCCGGGCAUGGGCAUGGAUGAAGAGGAAAGAGUACGCCUGACCGCCAGGAGAGUAGGAAUGGAUCUGCCGGACGAAUUUUCAUACUCUGGUUCGGGAGAAAGCUCUGGAAGUGGGAACAAGGCAGAUUGA